AUGGAAAGCUUGGGCAAAUGCUUCAGCCAGUUUAUCCUCAUCGUGCUCCUCUUGAUCUUUCACCACGGGCAAGGUGGACCGCCAUGUUUGGAGAGAGUCGCACAGUGGACCUUCAGCGUUUCGUUCGUGAUUCCUGCUGUUGUCACUCUUGGCUUCGUUUGCAACAAAUUGGUCUUGACAGGAUGGCUAUGGAAUCUUGUCAAUGCGGGUCUAUCGCUCUGCGGCUACUACUUGGCAUCGUUCCUCAUUGAUACCAAGUUCGUGGGUCGUAAACAAAUGCAACAACUCGGCUUCUUGGUGGACUUUAUCCUAUUCGUGGUACCGGCUUUCCAUUACAACUAUUACGCAAAGGAGAAAGCCAACAUCGCAGCAUUCCAACCAUUUCUACGGCAUACCCUGAUUCGACUUGUUCGGGAUGUUCUAACAACGCUCUUACUCCCUGACACUACUGGUCCAGACCUCAAAGAACAAGAGCGCCGCUUCCACUACCUGCGCUUGAGACCCUUGCAAGACUGCCGCGGCAUCGCAGUCCCAUCCUCACUAUUUGUCCCUCUGGAUUAUCAGAGCAAGAUUCAGGAUUUGAGAGAGGAGCGGACAGAAAAGAUGAACUCGGAGGAAGAUGUGGAUAUUGCGGGCGAAGAGUAUUCGCCUGAGGUGCAUGAAUACCUCAUGAGAAAUACGGAGUUUAAAGGGAAGAAUGGGAAUGGAAGUGGGACUGACGUUGACCAGAUGGGUGUGUUAUGUCGUGCCUGUUGGGCGCGAGGACAUGGGAUCUGGAAAAACAUUAGAGGCGCUUUCUCUAUUGCGGCGCGAAAUUGGGAUGCGAAUGGAGGAUGA